AUGCUGGCGCUGCUGAGAACUAUUCUGGUGCCUUGCCUCCUGGUGAGAGUCGGAGUGGCUGCAGUAGGAGGGCCCGUCGAAGUGAUCCGCAAUGGCUACUAUCCACUCGAUGUCGUUGACAAGCUGGAAGAAGCCACCAUGCCCAAGGUCGAAGCAUGGAUGUCGAAAAAGAUUGCCACGGGCAAGAACAACAACUGCACGCUGGAGAAUGCAGCUGUGCGGAGAGAGUGGAGCGAUCUAAGCGUUACACAGAGAGAGGAAUAUGUUGCCGCCGUCAAGUGCUUGAUGAAAUUGCCUCCAAAAGCAGAUAAGACGAGAUUUCCAGGUGCCCUGAGUCGAUUUGAUGACUUCGUCGCGUAUCACAUGACUCACGCUAUGCAACUGCACGACAAUUAUCACCUCUUUGGCGCCCAUAAAUAUUUUGUGUGGUUAUACGAGCAGGCCCUUCGCAAGGAGUGUGGGUAUACUGGUUACCAACCCUACGAAAAUUAUGAUCGCUACGCCGAGGAUCCAAUUAACUCGCCCUUGUGGAAUGGCAAUGCGUCCAGUUUGGGUGGAAAUGGUGUACCGGACCCUAGAUAUAAGGGUGUUGCACAGCCCGGCCGAACUCCAAAUAUCAUCAAAACGGGAGGUGGCGGAGGUAUGGUUGUUAGCCUUGGCCCUACUUCAAUGUCUACAGCCAAUGAUAUUCCAAAAAAUCCUAGAACCAAUGGCACUGGCUCUAACCCGCGCUGCUUGCGCCGUGACAUUAACCGCAACUCGGCCAUGGGGGCCACGGCCGAUCGGGCUUUUAGUCUAAUUAGUGGCAACAAAGACAUCAAUGGCUUUUACAAUCAACUAUUAGGAACACCACCGCCAAAGAAUGACUCCUAUCCCUGGGGUAUUCAUACAGCAGGUCACUACAUCCACGGUGUCGACCCAGGUGGUGAUCCCAACACCUCGCCCGGCGACCCUGGCUUUUACUUUCACCACGGGGCACUUGACCGCUUGUGGUGGAUCUGGCAGAUGCAAGAUCCAGAUGUUCGUCUCAAUGCUGUCCCAACUGGAGGCAUGUCGAUGCCCCACCGACGGGCAACAGACCCUAUGGAUAUUGUGGUUGACAUGGAAUGGCUCGGCCCCCCGAUCAAGCUUCUGGAGACCCAUGAUUCUCUUGGCGGAAAUGGCGGGGCUUUCUGCUACGUCUAUGUGUAG